CCUUGUCCCCAGCAACUGUAAUUUUGAUUUUAUUUUAACUUUUACUUAAGUACAGGAGUUAAAGCAGUUUGCGUUUACUAUACAGUAAAGUUCACCUUCUGUAGAGAAAUAUACAGAGAUUGAGUGUGCAAUACAUUGGCGACGUGCGUCCCGACGCAGGCACGGCGUCGCUAAUUGCUCGCGGGUCACACCUGGAUCCGGUUUCCGGUUCCGUGUGAGAGUGCGUUGUAGGUUUGCGGGGCAGCCUUUUUGCAGGUAUUCAAACAGCUUUAAAGGUUGAAAAAAACGGAAUAUAAUAUAAUGGACCAUUUUUGGUGAAAUUAUUCAUGUUCAAUAUACAAAUCACAACAUUAAAAUCGAACACCCUGCAAAAAUCGUGUGAGAGGAGCUGAGGCUCAUUGACCCAGCCCACUUCCGGUUCCAAUGAUCCAAUCGGCAGAGUCGUGAUUUGUUUCAAAAGUCACAGGUGCGAGUUGCCCCUUUUUUUUUAUCUUCUUCGGAGAGCCAAGCAGAACCGGGCAGCACCGCUCACGACGAACCACCGAACAGAACACAAGAAACCGGUACUCAGCCGACCCAAUCCAACCCGACCGGACCAUGUCGGGACCUUCUGGGCGGAUUGAGGCCUGGCUUUUGGUCACCCUGGUGACUCUAGUCCACCUCGACACAGCGGAGGGCACCGGCGGGGACGCGCGUCCCAGUCGACGCAACCCGGCGCGGUUCUUCCCGGUCCCCGUGUGGAAAUUUAUGGCAGUGUCAGGACGUGAAGGUUCUUUCGACCUGAACCGGCCGCAGUUCCGCUGCAGCGACGACAGGCUUUGGGUCCGUUUGUCCCUCGUCAGACAUUCCAAAGCGCGGCUGACAAACGGAAUUCGGCUGCUGGCGCUGCCCGACAGUUCUUCUGCUUCCGUUCGGAGGUUCGGUCCGGUGCUGCUGCUCAAGCUGCCAUACGAUAGCGCGCACCUGCAGCUGGCGGUGGCAAAUGGAAGACGCUUCCACCAGCUGCAGGUCUUUUAUUUUGACAGUCUGCUACAGACCAAUAUGGUAGCACUUGCUUCCUGCGAGGAUUUGGCCACUGAUCUUCAUCCGCCGCCCCCCUUGAUGCUCUGCAAACCCUCGCAAAUCCUGGUCCAGCUGCCUUCAGGCUCCAAAGUUCUGAAGAUCAAAAAUAUCUGUGAUGGAGCUCCAAUCCGUUCUGCAGUCAGCAUGGUUCGAGCAGGUUCUGUAUUUGUGCUCAACUCCACUGCGGCCCACACGUAUUCAAUGGUGGUGUAUUUGGACUCUCUGGGGGAAAUGUCCACCAUGCUGGCAGCCUGCGACAACGCGGACACUCAAAGGCCACACAAAGUUCAGCCAAGAUCUUUGCGGGAUGAAGUGGACUCUGACUCUCGAGCUGCUGCAGAGGAACUACAGUGUUCCACCACCGCCGCUCCAAUAUCAGUGUUUUAUCGGGACUCCCUCAUCUUUGAAUUGUGGGGUUAUGAUGAAAUUCCUUCAGGUGAAUAUAAUGAAGAUGACACGGCGGACACUACCGGAGAUCUUGCACCAACUCGGUCAAGUACGAUGAGUGCCACCACUUUAAGACCGUGCGCCACAACAACUUCACCUUCUCCAGCUCCUGCUUGUGAGAGUCACACCGACGCCACAACUCCAACAUCCAGUGUCGCUCCAACCACAAGAAAGAUCUCCGCUCUAACUCCGACUCCUGGAAGUAGAACCUCUGAAGCCGCCCCGAUAUGUGCGACGAUGACCCCUCCCGCGACGCCUCGAGCUCCAACCAGCGCCACUCCAACCUCAACUUCUGCCGUACCCGGUGGGGUGUUUAGAUUUGACGCACCUUUGAGCAUGUCUGCUGCGAUGCCGACGACCACCUCGCCUCCAACCACAACCACCCCGACGGCACCCGUCACAACGCCGUCAUCCGCAAGCAGCUCUUUUGUGUCAACCGCGACUGAACCCGCAACUGCGGGAGCCCCAACUGAAGUUUACACAAGUAAGGAGCCCACAACGACCAGUUCUGCUCCUGCAGGUGCAGUGCCUGCAACCCCCUCCACAACUGUUGCGGUCACUGCAGCUGAAUCCAGAAGGACAACGACACUAUUAGUGCCAACUGCACGGCCCACAAUCGCGUAUCCAGUUUUACCCAAACCUCCACCUACCUCUGCAACCACAAGUUCUUCACCUACAUCCAACUCUUCUCUUACCCCAACAUCUACUGGAACCACAACUGUUGCGGCCUCAAGGGAACUUUCCGACUCCAUGAUGCCCACACUCGCCUCACCUCCUACCACCAUGACCACAUCGGGUUCAAUAAGUACUGUAAUGAAAGUCAGCCGGACUCUUUCAAUAUCAAAAUCUCCUGAAUUGGGCACAACAACCUUUACUAUGGCCACCACGCGUGGAGUACCAACUCCCAUUCCUGCUACAAGAGCCACAACCAUAAGUUCUGUACCCACAACCAGCUCAGCCUCUUUAAUGACAUAUUGGACCAUGACCAUGACGACUGCAGCGCCAACAACCACCUCAUCUCUUCCCUCGAUGACCACUCUUGUCCCAACCACAAAUAUGUUCCCAUUGACCUCAGCUAAGACAUCUAGUGUGGUACCUGCAACCACACAGGCCAACGUUUCAGUCUCCUCAUCCACAAGUCUUAAACGAGUAGGAAGCCAAGGUCUUUCACAAACCAUACCAAUGUCUGCUCCAACCAUACAAUAUCCUCCGUUUACAACGACCGAUGCGUUGACCAGAUCUACCGCGGUGCUUCCAGGCUCUGGUGCACCCGUCAGAAAUAUUACUCUCGCUCUAGCCGCAAUACCCACACCUCCCUCCUCUCUUGUGAUGGCGACCGCUUCUGCUCCAAUCACAAGUCCUGUGCCAAAAACAAUCGCGGGACAUUCAAUGACCAUGUCAACGUCUCCUGAAUUGGUCACGACCUUUGAUUUGACCACGAGUACCGCGGUACCGAACAGAACCUCAUCUGCCGCGAUAAACGCGGCUGCUCCAACCGGGAACCAUGAACCCACAACCACUUUAGGCCCCUCACACACCACAUCAGUCUCGACUGUCGGUUCCAGAAUCAUGAAUGCUACAAUACACACCACCGCCUUUGCUACCGCGCCUCUAAGUACACUAUCCAAAACCACAAGAUCCCCAAUCACAAAUCCCAUCCACGCAGUCGUCCCUAUGACCCAAAUCACAAGUACUAUGACAACGAGAACAAAUCCCGCUCAAACAAGUCCCUUAGCCAAAACGACUCCUACUUUGACUUCAGCUAUCAACAAAAGCAACACGGCUCCAGCUUCGACGACGCUUUCUCCAACGAUGAGCACUCCUCUUCCGACUUCUAACCGUGCUAAAACCUCAUCUACUGCUGGACGCGGAGUUUCACAGGACACAAUUUCAACCUCACAAACCACAAGUUCUGGACCAACAACCUCUGCGUGGAGGGCAACUGCUAAAAUGCCCCCAAACGCUAUUGCGCUUACCUUAUCAACAAUGCCAAGCGCCACCUCUGCUAGACAUUCUCAUGCUGUACACACAACUCCACUGGCCUCAACUACAGCAUUUCGAGUCCCACCUGUACUUGAUACCGUCUCUGCCUCGACUGCGACUUCUGCUGUGCCCAUGACUCCUGCCUUUGUCACUAGGAAAUCUUUGACUCCCGGUAUAGCAAAAAAACUGCCAACCCCAACCGUAAAGACUUCUCUUGCUCAAACCACAACUAUGCCAACAACUAGAUUACCUCCAAUGGUGAACACUUUUGCUCAGACUCCAGUACCCACAACCACUUACGACACAACCGCUACAGCCACCGAGAGACUCUCGACGACUCAUCCUCCAACUAUAAUUGGCGCAGUCAGCCCAUCUUCGACCACAAUGCCCAAUUUUGCUCCAAGUAAAAGUCCUUCACCCACAACCACCUCGGUACCUUCACAAACGAAAACCUCGACUGCAGUUCCAACUCCUACCACAGCUGAAAUACCCACGACCACCUCCACUUCAUCUUUUGCUGUACCCGCAACUCCACCUGCACGUACAACUCGCUCUCCAAACCCAAGUUCUGUACCCACGGCGACCUCUGCUCUGACCUCAACUAUUCCUGAAACCGUAACUACUGCAACCUCAACGACACUUUCUACAGCUGCUGUGACCGCUCUGGCUCCUGGACCUAAAACCAACGUUGCACUGCCUUCGAGUGGAACCACAACUUCUACAUUUUCUACAAAUACGAUCCCCACGACAGUCACUUCUGAUCCAGUCACAAUUCCUGUACCCAAAACCUCUCGGACCCCUACGUCAACCGUUCCUGGUCCAAUUGAUGUAACCUCGACCACACUUUCUGCAAUCAAGCUGACAACAUCCCAUUCAGGAAGCACAAUUCCUUCUCAAGCUCAGACGGCGACUUCUCCUGUGUCGGCUUCUAUAGUCGGAACAAUUGGUCUGAGUCAAACCACCGCAGUUGGGCUUGGAACAGCCCCUUCAGGAAGCGCAGCUCCCUUCCAAGCUACAUUUAUUUCUCUCAUGUCAACAACAUCUAGAACAAAUUCUGCAUUCACAGCAACAGUUGGGUCAACCAGUAGUCCAUCUCAAACCACUGCAAUUCUGUCCACGGGGUCCAAUUCCGCCAUGAAAAAUCUUUCCUUAGCUCCAACUACUUCUCCGGUGUCAACAUCAGGCCCAACCAGUAGACUGACAGCUUCCGCAAUUCCCUCCCCUUCUCAGACAAUUUCUGCGGUGUCGACGCUUAAAACAGCCGGUGAUCUGAGGCCAACAACUGCGAUCCUAUCGACACCAUCUCCUUCAGAAACGACAAUCCCUUCAAUCAUUUUCUCAGUGCCACCGACGAGUAGAACCUCAAGUAGUCCAACAACUGCAGUCCUGUCUACAACAGCCGCUUUAGCAACAUCUCUCCCCCAAGUUUCCACAACAACUGCUCCAGGGACCGUGACAGCUAUGACAACUUCUCCAGGGGUUGAAACACUUGUAACAAGUAUUGGUAUUAAUCCAUACCGUGCACGGAUGACCCUUCAGGGAACAAAACCUCCCCCUGGACCUCAGACGCCUUCUUCUGCAAUGAAAGCUAAACUUGAAACAAGUAGUCCGGCUCAAACCACUGCAAUCCUUUCUACGCGAGCUGCCUCCCAAGCAGGAAUCACAACUUCUCCGGUGAUAGCAACAUCUGGGACAACUUCUCCAGGGAGUGGGGCACUAACAAGUAGUCUAGCUCAAACCACUCCAAUCCGAGCAAUAAUGUCCACUUUUCUCAUGACAACUUCUCCAGUGACAAAAAAACCUAGGAAAAGUUCUCUAGUAACACAAAUGGUUGGAACACCUAGAAGGGUGCCUCUCUGCUUUAAGCAACAUUCUCUUCAGAUAAAACAUCUUUUUCAGCUCCUAGGGGUCAGGAACAUUGCUGGGGCCACAAAGACCCAGGACAGUGCUGAGGUCAUAGUGCCCGCCGUUCAAAAACUCCCUCCCAAUUGCUGACUGAAUCUCCGGUCUCAUAAUCUAGAAAAAACAACUACUGUAUGUCUAAAGCCCAUUACAUCAUGUAAACAACGUCCCUUUCCAAAAUAUUUCCUGCCCCAUCUCUGACUACUACUACUUUGGUCAUGCUUGUGGGCAGCGUAGUAGUCACAAGGGCUGGGGG